AAUGCUUAUAGGUUAUUUUUGUGUUGAUAAAAUACAAACUUUGACGGUUAAUUAGCGUUCUGUGGCUCUUCAGACUAUUUUUCGAGUUAGUAUUUUAGAGUCAAAACAACUAUUCACUGAUCAUUAAACAUAAGUACUCAGGUUUCCAUGCACAAUGGAGCAAACAAUCGUUAAAAAAGGUGAUAUUUUGAUGAAUUACGAUAAGCCAAGUACCUGUACUAACCAAGAAAUGCCUUCAAUCUUUGGAAUAGCAAUAAAACACGAAAUCAAAGAGGAAUUGGAUGAUGAUGAAGCAUUGCUCGAGAAAGGAUCUGAAAUCAAAGAAAGUGAUGAAGACAAUUCUGAUCAUGGAGAUGAAAUUGAACCUUUCUUUUGCAAUAUUAAGGAAGAAGAAAGGGACAGUGACUUUUCUCAAGAAGAUGAUAAAUAUUUCUCACACAAUAAAGAAAAAGAUGAGGAUGAAGCCAUGUUUGAGACGAAAAUUGAGGUGGAAUAUCACGGGGUUGAUUUUGAAGAUAUGAGUGGCAAAGGGAAGUUUUUUAAAUGUGACUUUUGCCCUAAGAUAUAUAAAUCAAAACCAUGUUUAUGCCGGCAUAAAAAGUAUAUUCAUUUAAAAGGCAAACAGGAACGAUUUAAAUGUGGAAAAUGUGACUACAAAACAGUAUAUAAAAGUAGUUUAAAUAGGCAUAUAAAACAACACAAUAUAAAAAAUAGAUUAAAAUGUAAUUUCUGUCAGUUCUUGACUGCUGAGUUACGGAAUUUACAUGCGCACGUUUUGAGCAAACAUAAGUUAGAAAAAGAAAAAAUUAAAAUGUCAAGUAAAAUCCAUGAGUGCACUAAAUGUACAUAUUCAACUGUUUAUAAAACAACUUAUGAUAAUCAUAUUAAAGUUUGUUUAAAAUUGGAAAAUGUUAAAUGGUAUAAAUGUCACAUUUGUCUCUAUAAAACUAUUCAUAAAAGGAAUUUACAUGAUCAUAUAAAAAUUCAUAACGAAAUAAAAGAAUGUCAAUGUCCAUUUUGCAAAUAUUGUUGUCAUAAAAAAGUUAAUUUGGACAACCAUAUUUUAAGAAAGCAUUCCGAUUUGUUAAACGAAUCCAAUAGAAUUAUUAUUACUUCCAAAAUACAUUGUUGCCAAACUUGUAAUUUUAAAACUACAUUAGGAUGUGAUUUAAAGAAACAUUUAAAUUAUAAUUAUCAUUAAUUAUAUUUAUGCAGUGGUGGUAAUGCACCAAUAAUUAGACAUGUAACGUGAAAAAAAACAUCCGGUUUUUGUUGUUUUUUUACAGGUUCUUUUUCAAUGUUUAAAAAAAAAU